AUGGGGCCCCCGGGCAAUAGGGGAUCAUGGGGCCCCUGUGUCCUUGCCCAAACUCAAAAAAGCCUAUGAAAAAGGUACCAGGGGCAUCUCAUGGGGCCCCCUACUGACCCCAGGCCCUGCCUGCAGAUCCCCACAACCACCGGCCAGGGUUGUGGGGAAAAGGCCCUUGUCCCCAUCAACCAGGGGCGGACUGACAACUCAUGGGGCCCCCAGGCAAUAGGGGAUCAUGGGGCCCCUGUAUCCUUGCCUAAACUCAAAAAAGCCUCUGAAAGAGGUAUCAGGGGCAUCUCAUGGGGCCCCCUACUGACCCCGGGCCCUCGGGCAAUGCCCAAGUUCCCAAAUGGUCAGUCCGCCCCUGCUCCC